GAAAAGUUGAUGAGGAACCAACCUAAACUCCCACUCCACCGUGGAAUAUAAUAUUCGCGACAGCUUGGAAUUUAUUAGAAGAAGUCUUCUAACCAAAAGCUUAAACUUUUUUUUGUAGAAAAAUAACCUCUCUAAGCAGUACUUUUCGUGAUAUAUCUUGGAAGGAACUGGCACAGAGAGAGAGAGAGAGAGAGGAGAGAGAGAGAGAGACAUGGGGAAGAGCAUUAGUGAAGUGGGAGUUGAAGAUAUGGUGGGAGCUGGGCUGGGUCUGGAAGAAGCCAAAGAUUUGGAAAAAGAGCUGAAAUAUGCAACCAUUCAUGGGUUCGGAGCCAACGAGGUGUGGCGUCUGAUUACGGCUCGCAAGCUGUUGAAACCAUGCCACCCUCAUGCCCUGCAUCAGCUCCUCUACUACUCGGUCUACAGCAAUUAUGAUGAGUCCGUCAAUGGCCCCCCUCUCUACUGGUUUCCUUCCAUACAUCAGUCCAGACGUACAAAUUUGGGGCGUCUAAUGGAAUCUCAUGGUCCAAGGCUAUUAGGAGGGUCGUACAAGGACCCCAUUACAAGUUUCAGACUAUUUCACCAGUUCUCUGUGCAGCAUCCUGAGAUAUACUGGCCAAUUGUUCUGAACAAGCUCCACGUUCAAUUUACCAUGCCACCAAAAUGUAUUCUGGACACCUGCGACAAGUCCAAGCAUGGCGGAACAUGGCUGCCUGGUGCGGUGCUAAAUGUUGCUGACUGUUGUCUUAAAUCAAGCAAUUAUUUGAAGAAUCGAGAUGAUAGUGUAGCAAUAGUGUGGAGGGAUGAAGGCAGUGAUGAUCAUAAUGUCGAAUGUAUGACACAGAAGGAGCUCCAGGAACAAGUAAUGUUGGUAGCAAAUGCACUGGACUUGAUGACGUUCAGCAAAGGAGAUGCUAUUGCCAUUGACAUGCCCAUGACAGCCACUGCAGUCAUUAUUUAUUUGGCGAUUGUACUUGCAGGAUUUGUAGUAGUAUCAGUUGCUGACAGCUUCGCACCAAAGGAAAUUGCAACUCGCUUGCGUAUAUCACAGGCAAAGGCGAUUUUCACGCAGGAUUUUAUUGUACGAGGAAGACGAAGAUUUCCUUUAUACAGUCGAGUAGUAGAAGCUGCUCCUGACAAAAUCAUAGUCAUUCCUGCAACUGGGAAAGAUGUCGCUGUUCAACUGAGAAACCAAGAUUUAUCAUGGACAACUUUUCUGUCCAAUGCAUAUCGCCUGCCAAGACCGAAUUAUUAUUCACCAGUUUACCAACCUGUUGACUCUGUCACCAAUAUCCUAUUUUCAUCCGGCACCACAGGAGAGCCAAAAGCUAUACCAUGGACUCAGCUUUCUCCAAUUCGUUGUGCUGCUGAUUCAUGGGCACAUCUUGAUAUCCAAACUGGAGAUGUCUUUUGCUGGCCAACAAAUUUAGGAUGGGUUAUGGGUCCGAUUUUACUCUAUUCGUGUUUCCUGUCUGGUGCAACUCUAGCUCUCUAUCAUGGUUCUCCUUUAGGCCGUGGUUUUGGAAAAUUUGUCCAGGAUGCAGGAGUCACUCUUUUAGGAACUGUUCCUAGCUUAGUGAAAGCCUGGAAGAACACACAUUGCAUGGAAGGCCUAGACUGGACACAGAUAAAGUCGUUUGCUUCUACUGGAGAAGCCUCCAGUGUUGAUGACGACCUCUGGCUCUCAUCCAGAGCUUUCUACAAGCCAGUUCUUGAAUGUUGUGGAGGCACAGAGCUUGCAUCGUCCUAUAUUUUUGGCAACCUUUUGCAACCGCAGGCUUUUGGAGCGUUUAGCUCUGCCACAAUGAGCACAGGCUUCGUUAUUUUUGACGAAAAUGGGGUCCCUUAUCCAGAUGAUCAACCCUGCAUAGGUGAAGUGGGCUUGUUUCCUCUUUACAUGGGGGCAACUGAUAGAUUGUUGAAUGCUGAUCAUGAGGAGGUUUACUUCAAGGGUAUGCCAAUGUAUAAAGGAAUGCAACUUAGGAGACAUGGCGACAUCCUUAAGAGAACUGUUGGUGGAUAUCUGAUGGUGCAGGGUAGAGCUGAUGACACCAUGAAUCUUGGUGGGAUUAAGACAAGUUCAGUUGAGAUUGAGCGCGUCUGCAACCAUGCCGAUGAAAGUGUCCUGGAAACAGCUGCCAUCAGUGUAGCACCAGCAGAUGGUGGCCCUGAGCAGUUGUCCAUAUUUGUGGUGCUGAAGAAGGGAUUCAGCAUCAAACCAGAUGUGCUAAAGAUGAUACUUUCAAAAGCCAUUCAGACCGACCUCAACCCUUUGUUCAAGGUGAGUUUUGUGAGGAUCAUCCCAGAGUUUCCUCGAACUGCGUCGAAUAAGCUGCUGCGGAGAGUGUUGAGGGAUCAACUGAAGAAGGAGCUUCAGAUACAUAGUAGAAUAUAGUUCCAUCUGUUUUUGAGAGGAUGAUUUCCAGGUCGUUGUAUUAUUCUGUGAGCUCAUGGAUGAAACAAUGGAUAAUAAAAACUUUUAAGGGAGUGCGUGCUUGUGAGAUUUUUCUCAUGAAGUAUUCUCCACCCAGGUCUGGUAUCAGAAAUUUUUCAAACAUAUCUCAACUACA